AUGGCCUCGUUUAAGAAAUCCUUUGAGAGCCUGAAAGGGACUAGUCACUCUGCAGCAAAAGGAGUCACAGACACUGCAGUGCAGGCAGCUCAAGACGCUGUGCAGCAGGUGGCAGACUCCUCCAAAGAAACAGUCAGCACAGCUGCUCAAGAAGCCAGCAAGCAGACUCAGGCAGUCAUAGGAAAAGCUGCAGACAAAGCCACGGACACCUUCAAGGAGUUUGGGCAGAAAAUGGACACCAAGUGA